GUGAAAAUAUGAAGGAAGUUCUGGAGCCUUAAAGCCGCGGCAGCUUUCUGACGCACUCAGUUCCUCCAGGUAAGGACGGGGGAAAGUCUAGAAAACACUAAAGGGUCGGGAGGGGUCCCCGACUUCAAGUCUUCUGGUGGAGCCUGUCAGUUUCCGCACUCAUUGGCUGAACACUAGGGGGAGGUGGGGGGUACGCUCUACCUGUACCUGCGUGAAGGAGUGCCACUCGUCCUCGUCCGAUUCCGAAUCAGGAUCGGCUUUUCCUUCGUCCAGCAGCCCCGGGAGGUAGAAGUCGGCCAGGAGCGCCUGGAUCUGAACCAGCGACUGGAGCAGGACUCCAAACAUGGAGCCGAUCGCGUCGUGGAGCGAGGAGAGAGUCACCAAGUGGCUCCAAGGUCUGGAUGCCCCCAUGAGUCAGUACCAGGUCUCAGAGUGGUCUUUAUCAGGCGCAGGCCUGCUCAGUUUGACCUCCCUGGACCUGGAGAAGUUGGGAGUCCAUAAGAUUGGACACCAGGAGCUCAUCCUGGAAGCCGUGGAGAAGCUCUGCUCUCUGAGUUACGGUUUCGGAGGGGAAAGCCUAAAAGUUCUGACAGAGAAGCUGAGCGCUCUUGCUCACACGCUGCAGAUGAACAUUCAAAGCCGCUGGCGCCUCAACGGCUAUGAUGGACGGAGCACCACCAAGCUGUCCACUGGGGUUCUGACRGUUGUUGUUGAACUCAUAACCUCAGCUAAAGGCCUCUUCUCUUUGCUCAACAGGUAUCAGUUUUUCCAGCUCAGUGGAUACACCGAUACCAAAGACAUAUURAACCACUGCAAACAGCUGGGAGACAUCGUGCACAAGGAGACCACUGUCUACGAAAAGGAAAAGGARAUAAUCUCUGUUUGCCGUCAGCUGGUGGAGAUUUGUGAUGAGAUCCUGAACUCCAGCCCUGACACGCUCCUAACCCAUACAGCUCAGCUGGAGAGUGUUGACCUGGUGCCUGUUGCACCUGGUGACCAGUUGGGGAUUGAGAUAACAUCCACCAGUUCCAGUAACCACUACGUGACUGGAGCCGCCGCUGAGCCCUCCACAGAUGCUUAUUUGCGGGUCUUGGCAGGUGAUGAAGUGGUUCAAGUCAAUGACCAGAUAGUGGUCGGCUGGAGCAGAGCAAACCUUCUUAAGAAGCUGCAGGAGAAUUCAAAUGGAGUGACUCUGGUCUUGAAGAAGAUCCCUGCAUCAAUACGGCGCAAAACCUCCAUCAAGGUGUUCACUGUGCAGACAGAGGAGAGGGAGGAGGAGGAGAGAGAAGAAAAGUCGGAAGAGGAAGAGGAGACGGACAAGGAGGAGAGCACACGGCACUCCAUACUUGAGAGGGUGGCAGCCUCUGUCAGGUCCCUGUCUUUUCGGCGAGCCAUUCAAGAACAGGAGCCACCUCAGCAGCCUAUGGGACAGGAGGAAUCAGAGUUGCCCUUUGACAAGGAGCUGGAGGGGAGCCUGACUGUACAUUCAAAUCAAAACCAACCAGGGAGGUUGUCACCCCUGCCAGCCUCGGGUGCAAACAAUUUUCCAGCAUCCUCAGCAGGAGAAUUUCGGAGUAUAGGAAUUUUGAGACUGUCGCCGAGCCUCCGGAGAGAUCGCUCGCCCUCGUUCAGGAGGAGCGUGUCACCUCUCACACUCACAAAGGAAAGGGCGAGCUUCUCGUCCUGUCCAGAGAUGGUGGGGCACACGACAAAUAAAGAGACCAAGAAGAGUUCCACCAAAGGAAUGACCACGUCUCUGAGCCGGCGCCGGGUGUCCUGCCGUGAGUUGGAUCACCCCGACUGCGACGGCUGGCUGUGGAAGAAAAGAAGGGAGAGCAGCGUCUUCAUCACCCAGAAGUGGCAGCGCUUCUGGUUUGUCCUCCAGGGGCCCAUUCUUUACUGGUACAACAGCCAACAGGAUGAAAAGGCGGAGGGUCUGCUUAACAUCGCCAGCUACAARGUAGAGAGUGCUGGAGAGCACAAGAGAAAAUACGUUUUCCAAAUGUCUCAUCGGAAAUUUCAGAACUUCUUCUUCGCUACUGAGACAGCCACAGACUUGAGCAAGUGGAUUAAUUGUCUGAUCACUGCCACUCAGAAACACAGAAAGCUACAAAAAGGUCCAGAUAGUGAAGAAGAAUGUUACAGUGAAACCGAGUCAGAGGGCGAAUCUUCUCCUUCACCUCGCAGGAAAAACAAGCCUCAGUUUAACACGGUGCCUCGAACCAAAGGAAAYCCAAACAAAGUGCCAGCAGAGGGCAGCAAAGGAACAGAAGCCGCCCCAGUUGAUGAGAUGGGCAUGAUGCUGAACAACCUAAAGGAAGGAGGGGUUUCUCUGAUCGGUCACGAGCAGCCACUGACACAGGACCACUUCAGGAAGUCCUUCAUCCGACGCAACAAGAAUCCCGUCAUCAACGAGAAAGCGCUCACGCUGCGGGCCCUGCAGAGCACUCUGAAGGCCAAAGAAGCGGAGCUGCAGCAGAUCAACAAGAUGCUGGAUGACCCACAUCUGACUGUGACCAAAUUUCGCCUGUGGAAGAAGCAAAACGAGGAGCUGAUGCUGGAGAUCCAAAAACUGGCCUCGCAGAAAGCCCCUGCGGGAGACAAGGACGUCGCGCCGGCGCAGGACACGCCCGCCAAGGAGGUUGCCUUGGAAACUGUUGCCACGGAGCCGGCCACCGCAGAGGCCGAGGGCGCGUACGGACUGAGCCUGAGCGACGGCGAGCAGCUGGUCGACGCGGAGCUUUCUGAUAUUUUCCCGGAGAUCCCCUCGCGGUCUCUGAGUCCCGACGCGGACCUGGAGUUGGACUUUUCUCUGGGCUCGCUGGGGGAGUCGAUAAACAAACACCUGAGUGAAAACGCAGGAAGCGUCGAGCACUCCUUCUAUAUUUAGGACCGCGCUCGGGCCGGAAAAACCCACUCCAAAAACUAUUCAAGGUUCAGUUGAUUAAAACCGGACGAACAAAACGAUGUGAAAAAGACUCAGCUUACAGCUUCCUGACGAAAUUCACCUGAUGGAUCAGUUAAAAAUCACGUCGACGCUCUGAUUAAAUGUACCAUAGAGAAGCACAUUUACAGACUGUUUAUGCUUUAGAAAAUAAAACUGCAAUGUGACACGUUUACAACUGCAAGGACAAAAAAACAUUUUAAACCUCCCAAGUGUUCAGAUCAUAUUUAUGAAAUUCUGAGUGUCUUGUUUGUUAGGAUAAAAAAAAGAAUAAUCUCUUGGAAUUCAAGGAGAACUUUUAAUAUAAAUCAAGCCUUUUAAAUGUGAUAUGUAAAUAUAGUUUUAGCAUAAAUACUGUUUGUAUUUGUUUACUGAUAUUACCUUAAUAAAGGUACGUAUGAGUGAUGUUUCCCAGGA